AUGAAUAAUUAUAAGGCAUCGUCAAAUAAUUUGGAAAAUCUCAAUCAAUUGGAUAAUUCCCAUUUUGACGAAACAAUACAAUUUACACCGUUGCAAUCGUCACUUGAAGAAAGUGGUUGUAUUGAUCUUUCCUAUAAUGGAUCAAACAAGACAUCAACAAGUCAAAAUAAACAAACAUCAUCAAAUCCUUCAAAUAUCGUAGUAUCAAGUGAUGCAUAUUCAAAUAUUAAUACAAAUAAUAGUAGUGAUAAUAUUGAACAACAUGCAAGUGAAUCAAAUGAAUUGUCGAAAUCACUAAUUCAAAAAUCUAUCAAUGAACUAAAACACUAUUCUAGUAUUUCCUCAUUUUUAACUUCAACGCUAACUACAAGUACAAUGAUGGCAACACAAACUUCAACAGCAAUCUCUCCAACUAUUUUCUCAACAAUGACAACAAUUCCUACUCAGGCAGAGAUUGAUUUUAAUUCAUUAACAUUUCCGUUAAAUACAGAUAUUAAUUUAAAUAGUUAUCCUGGUACAAAUGAUUUUUUCUCAUCAUUAUUAAAGUUGAAAAUAUCGACUGCUGAUAAAUUGAAUGAAAUCUUUGUUAAUACUACUUCUGCAACUACUAAUAAUACUAGUAAUAUUCACAACAUCAAAAGCAACAAUAACAUCAUUGCUACUAGUAAUAACCAUACUAAUCUAAAUAGUAUGGGUGAAGAAUACAGUUGUGAAUUAUCACAUGAUGAACAUAUACAAAAUCCGUACAACAAUAAUCAUACACUAAAUAGAAGUUGUAGUAACAGUGGUAGUGGAACCAGUAAUAAAAGUCAUAGAAACACAUCAAACAAAUCUCGCCGUCAUCAUUAUCAUAUUCAGGAGCAUAUGACAAAUGAUUUAACUAAAGCUAAAAAUCGUAAAUCAGGUUUUCAACCCGGUGUAACAGUUGGUUAUACGUAUGAUGCAUUUUUUAUCUCAGAUGGUCGAUCAAGAAAACGUGUAAAAAAUUCUCAUAUAAAACAGUCGAAAUUACAAAAACGUCAAUCGUAUCGUAGUAAUAAUGAUGAUACAUCAUCGCAAUUAAUUAGUCCACAAUCAAAUAUAACUAAUACGUCAAGAUCAUGUUCACUUGAUGAUUUAUCGAAUUGUACAAAUGAAGAACGAGUAAUAAAUAAUACAUUGAAUAAUACUUUACCAAAAUCUCAUCUAUCAAGUAUUACAUCCUCUUCAACUUCUUUAUUAGUUACACUCAAUGAAACACAAACACAACGAUAUAGUUGUCCAGAUUGUGGUAAAAAUUAUGCAACAUCAUCAAAUUUAAGUCGACAUAAACAAACACAUCGUAGUUUGGAUAGUCAAUCAGCUAGAAAAUGUCCACAAUGCGGUAAAGCCUAUGUAUCUAUGCCAGCAUUAUCAAUGCAUUUAUUAACUCAUGAUUUGAAACAUCAGUGUGAUAUUUGUGGCAAAGCAUUUAGUCGACCAUGGUUAUUACAAGGUCAUCGACGUGCACAUACAGGUGAGAAACCAUAUGGUUGUGCACAUUGUGGUCGUGCAUUUGCUGAUCGAUCUAAUCUAAGAGCGCAUAUGCAAACACAUUCAGGUAUGAAACAAUUCGAGUGUAAACAAUGUCAUAAAAAUUUUGCAUUAAAAUCCUAUUUAAACAAACAUUUGGAAUCUGGUUGUACGAAUAAAUCUGACUGGUCUGUGAUGAAUUCUUCAUUAACUUCGGAAGAGAAAUCCUAUUUCUCGCCAGAGCCAUCAGAGAAAUUAUCAAAAAUGGAAUUUCAUCAACAAUCUGAUUUAUCAUGGAGUGUAACUAAAUUAAUUAAUUAA